AUGGGUAAGGUAGGCGGAGGAGGAGGCGGAGGUGGAGGAGCAACGGCGGGGAAGAAGAAGAAGAAAGGUCGUCCAUCUCUUUUAGAUCUCCAGAAACGGGCUCUAGAGCAACAAAAAUUGCAAAAUCAACAACAAUUACAACAGCGAAGAUCCAGUCGCCGGAACCCUAACUCUACUUCCGGAGAUAUCGGUUCGGUUGGUGAAGAAGAAUACUACGAUGACGAUGAUGAUGAGAGGAAAGAGAAAAAAGUCAAGCUCGUUGUUCGUUUGCCCCAAUCGGAUCAGCAACAACAACAACAUUUGUCGUCUGAUUUAAUUAGAUCCUCGUCGGUUAAUUCGGCAUCUUGCGGCUCUGAUUCGAAUGUAGAUGUUGAUAUUCGCAAAGUUAAAUCCGGAUCUGGUGGUGUUGCCACUGAUCAUCAGGGUGAAAAGGUUUUGAAAGCGAUGGACACUCUACAUGGGUCACCAUUGGAGUCUGGACCCACAACACCUUUGCCAGAUAAAAAGUUGUUGGUGUUCAUUCUUGACAGGCUUCAAAAGAAGGACACUCAUGGGGUAUUCUCUGAUCCAGUUGAUCCUAACGAGCUCCCUGAUUACCAUGAAAUCAUCAAGCAACCUAUGGAUUUUGGUACCGUCAGAAGCAAACUUGAUGAGGGAGUUUAUUCAAAUUUGGAAGAAUUAGAGGCAGAUGUUUAUUUGAUCUGCUCUAAUGCAAUGCAGUAUAAUUCAUCUGAUACCAUAUAUUUCCGGCAGGCGAGGUCUAUACAAGAGUUGGCAAAAAGGGACUUUGAAAAUCUGAGGCAAGAGGGGGAAGAUGGCGAGAUACAACCAAAAGUAGUGAAAAGAGGAAGGCCACCUGGCAAGCAAGUAAAAAAGCCACCUGGCAGACCCCCUUUGGACCGCGUUGGACCCGAGUCUACCUCAGGUGCCACGCUGGCAACCGCUGAAGAUAAUACUACCGAGUCUACUCCUUACAACUUACGAAAAGCACCACCCAUGCUGUAUAGGUAUCAGGCUGAUGGUUUACUCACCUCACAUCGAUCUCGCAACGGUGAACAUUACUCAGAAUUGUUGUCGGAUUGGAAUGAAGAGUUUCCAGAGCGCAUUCGGAAGGCCGAUAUGAAAUAUGGGAAUAAAAAUUUAAUUAUAGAUGAGACUAGGCGUGACACCUACAAGCAGUUUCAUCCUUCGGCUUUUGAGUCUUCACUUUUGUCGAACUUUGGUGGGGAAAGGAAGCAGCUAUUAGCGGUAGGUUUACAUGCUGAGCAUGGUUACGCUAGAAGCCUAGCUCGUUUUGCUGCAAAUCUUGGCCCUGUUGUCUGGAAGAUUGCUUCAAAGAAAAUCGAAAAAGCUUUGCCGCCCGGAGUGAAGUUUGGUCCGGGAGUCGUUGGUGAAAACGAAGCUUCUCCUCCACCCUCAUCAUUUUUCCCAUCCGCGAACCCGAGUCUUCCGAACCGACCUCAAACUCCAUCCUCUUUAGGACCAAACCCUGCCAUCUCAAACCGGCCGAAAGCCGAGAUCAUUGAGGCCUUGAAUUCCGGGAUAAGAAUCGGUAGAAAUGGUUUCAAUGGUGUUUUUGGAAGUAAUAUGACAAGUGGAGUAGAAUGCGAGAGAGUAGGUGAAGUGGGUGGUGGUUCUAGCAAACCGACUUCUUGGCCGCAACAGCGUAACGACGGUAAAGGAGACGACGUAAUGUGACGGAGGGCUUUGGUGGUGUUACAACAAUCAAAGCACAAAGUACUAGUACUCUACUACCAGUGGUGAAGAGAAGUGAGGUAAUUUCUAUAGGGUAGGAAUGAUUCUGUACAGAUUAAAACAUAACUAUCUUUUGUAACAUUGGACUGGUAAUUAAUCAGAUCAUGAUGGAUUAGAAAUAAGAAAGAAAAAAAAAAUGAGGGGUUAUUUUUGUAAAUUUUCAUUAUUAAUUUGGUAGUUUUUGAUUGACCCUUGGGACAUAUUAUAUAUGAUCAAGAGGACUAUUGUAUCCUGUUCU